GUGGGUCAGUUCCUUCUCGAUCGGCGUGCUGUGACUACACGUUGAUCGUCGAUCGAUCGCGCAGUGUUUGCCUCCUCCACACUAAACCCCCAACCGAUCACGUGCGUCUGUUUGCAAACAAAACGAUAACACCACUACGCAAGAGUGCGCUUGGCAUCCGAGAGAGAGAACCGACAACGCGGUGUUAGUUUGCGGAAAGUUGUGAUAUCUAGGCCGGUAGCCGGGUUGUGUACGAUUCCACUCAGACGUUAUUCUCACAUACAAAACGACGCGAUGUCUCGCCAAAGUGACCGGCCGAUUGCCACGGUCGCAUUAUCGCCAUCAGUUGCAUUGUGGCUGUUGUUCCUGAUAGGCAGUGUGAGUUCAAGUACACAUGCGGUGAAUAUAGCGUUUCAGACAGAUUGUCGGGGGAGAUAUCAACGAUUAUGGUGUAAUUUUAAGAUUAAUCUCUUUAUACCGGUAUCAAAGAUGGCAGCAGAAUACAGUGUUGAACAACUCCCGAGUCCACUGUCUCAACUUGGCGAAGGACCAGUGUGGGAUGUAGACACCCAGAGUCUCUACUACGUGGACAUCAACGGUGCUGCGAUCCUUCGCUACGACUAUGCCGAGAACAAAACCUACAGCGCUAAAAUUGAUGGCGUUGACCCAAUAUCUCCAAUCAUUCUUGUUCAAGGAAAGCCCGGUCAGUACGUUCUGGGAACGGGCAACAAAAUUGUCCUCGUCAAUUGGGAUGGACGAUCGGAGAGAGGAACUCUAGUAAAAACCCUGUACGAUUUGGGUGAAUCGGAGAAACACGUGCGCUUCAAUGACGGCAAGGUCGACCCGCAGGGGCGUCUAUACGCCGGAACCAUGCAGCUGGAGACUCUGGGCGAUAUCAUGCAGCAGAAAGAAGGCAAGCUGUUCCGAUUCGACGGUAAGGCCGGAGGAGAGUUCCAUCUGUUGAAGGCUGGUGUCAGCAUUUCCAACGGGUUGACAUGGCCCGAGAACAGCAACAAGUUCUACUACAUCGAUUCGGUUGCCUUGGACAUUAAGGAGUACGAUGUGCUGGAAAAUGGGGAUUUGCAGAACGAAACAGUUUUUUACGACCUGCGAGUGGAUGGGAAAAGUCCUGGGUAUGUGGCCGAUGGUAUGACCCACGAUAAUGACGGAAAUUUGUACGUCGCCACAUGGGGAGGAUCCAAGCUGCUGAAGAUCAACCCGAAGUCGAAGAAAAUUGAACAGGAGAUUGCCAUACCGGCCAAACAGGUCACUUCGGCUGCUUUCGGAGGGCCACAAAUGGACGAACUUUUUGUCACCACAGCCCACACUGGCAAUCAGGAUCCUCCGGCCGGUGCGCUGUUUAGGGUCACAGGAUUGGGUGCCCGAGGAAAACCAAUGGAUAAAAUGAUUUUGAGAGAUUGAAAGAUUUCGCGAAUUUGUUUUAUUUCACACAAUAUUCGAAAAAAAACCGCAAUAAUUUGAUGAAUAUUUUCGACUGCAACACACAAUUUACGCAGCCUCUAAACCCUUGAAGAAGGCUAAAUAUAAGCCGCGACGUCGGAAAAGUAGAACCAAAGGUCGUUUUAGCUGCCUCAAGACUGAUGGAGCCGA